AUGUCUCCUCUCGGACGCCGUAGUUUCCCGGAAGUUACGGAGAAUGCACCGCGACAGUGUGUUUGUUGUUAUGCGUUUAAUUUUUUUUAUUUACCGGUUGUAGUUAUUUUCAGUCAAAGAUUGAACAUGGACAGUGAAUAUGAAGAGGAGGAACAGCUGGUUGUGGUGGAGCUCUCAGGUAUAAUCAACAACGAUUUUCUGUCCAAAUGUGGAGGCACCUGCAAGAUACUGGAUAUUGACAGUGACAGACCCAUGAUGCAGGUUGGACCUUAUGUGUUUGCAGGAGAAUAUGAGGAAGCUUUAGGUACUUGUGUGCUGUUUGAUGAGAAACCACCGAAAGGACAUGCGGAUAGUGUUCCACAGCUCAAGUAUGUGUGCCACACUGCAAAGAAGCUAAUGAUGCAACGAAUUUUCCUCACAGAAAAAAAAGUGGGAGACGCCAGCACAGGUAUCGACGACGGCGACAUGACCAAUACGUCAAGGCAAGACGACAAAGACCAACAUGGCGUAGCAGAAGAAGGAAUUGAUAGUCCCCUUUUGGGAAACUCAGCAGUUGGCAGUGGCAGUAGCAGUGAGAAUGAGCCAUGUCAAGAUUUUUCUACGCAAGAUGUCACAAAGAACAUCAUCUCCGAGGAUGAAGGAUCAUAGACGCGUCAAACAUCACAGAAACAAGGUGACUUCUCUCUUAAACGGUAAAUUAAACAGAAUGUGUCGCAUCUACUUUUCCGAUCACAUAUGCCACGUCAGAAACCAAAAUGUGUCAAACUCUCAACUGAAGAAAAACAAUGCUGUGACAUUUGACAAGAGAUGGUCUUCACACUUUUUUACGUUUUCAUGUCAUCAUGUCCUACUAAAAAUAUCCUGGAAUAUAUGUAUUGCAAGGGACACGUUAUGUCGUACAGAGGAAUUCGUAUUGUCUUCGGACUCCUGAGAUACUUAAAAGAAACCUUUUGAGUAACUCCCAAUCUUCCACUUGGAAUUUGGACUCAUUUCCUUUGGUGAAUUCAAGACUCAGGAAACAUUUAAUCAACAGAAAAGUGCAUUCUUAACAGAAAAUCAAAGUGCAAAGAUUCUCCUUUGAGAAUCAACUCCCGGUCAGGGGACCCGUGUUGGUCCGUAGGGCAUUUGGUACCAGGGGGCCGCAGUCGGACACAGUGAAAACAUGUACUUUCAGUUUUACUAAUUCUCUUAAUUCAGAAAGAACCCAGUCAUAUCCUUAUCCUUAUUUUUUCAUUAAAGAUAAUCGGACAGUGUUUCAAAUCGAUUGGUCAUUCAGACUCUGAUAUUAACAGAAUAAAGUUUUAAAAAAAAUGUUAUUUAGAAAAGUUAAUGAUCCUUCAAUGAUGGGGGUGGUAUUACUGGUCGCAUUAACGGCUGAUCUGAUCUGUCUGGUCUAUGGCACAGUGACAAGAAAUAUUUGUUCACUAGAAGGCAGUAGAUGGCCAUUAAAAAAAAUGGAAACUAGAAUAUUUUUUGUGAUACUUUGAAUUUAAACACAAUACAACAUUGACUGUAUGUAAGUUGCUCCAUUUUUUAAGGGGCAUAUUUUUAAUUUAAAAUUUAAUUUGUGUUUUGGACAUUUGUGCUAUACAAAUAAAAUUGACUUAACCUGAAUUAAUUGUGUAGCUGUUUUUAAGGUCACGUUUUCCUACCUGAGAUAUCAGAAUAUUUUUUUUUAGAAAAUGCUAACAGCUUAGGAAAUAAACACAAAAUUCCAAUUGUAUUUGUUUUAAUAAGGCAUUCUUUUCAAUUACAGAAAAUGGGCCUAUGGGAGGGCUUGGUUUACAGACGAUACACCUUACAAAAAUGUCACUCAAGUCAAUGGAAGGUCUGUUGCUUCGAUGACUGUAAAAACAUAUGUCAUAUAUAGUGUAAUAUAAAAAAGUAUCAACAGUGGUUAUUCAUGUAGCUAAGUGGGAGUGACAGUAUGAUCAAUACAAAAUAAAAAAAAA